AUGUUCAACUCCAUGACCCCACCGCCGGUCAGUAGUUAUGGAGAGCCCUGCUGUCUUCGGCCCCUCCCCGGCCAGGGGGUCUCCACCGCGGGGGCAGAAGGCCUGUCUGGUCGGCCCUUCUGCCACCAGACCAACCUCAUGUCUGGCCCCCACGGUUACGGCCCUGCGAGAGAGAGCCACGGCUGCGCUGAGGGUGAGGCCGCAGGCACUUCUCCCUCUCCGCCCCUCCGGGGCUGCCCGUCUCUGGGGUUCCCACCCCCGAUGAAUCACCAAAAAGGGACCUCGCCUUCCUAUGGGGUCCAGUCCUGUGGGCCCCAUAACCCCACCCAGGGGGGGAUGAUGCCGCGUCCUCAGUCCCGGGGACCCCUUCCAACCUGCCAGCUGAAGUCUGAACUGGACGUGCUGGUCACCAAGUGCCCUGAGGAGCCCCUGGAAGGCGACAUGUCCAGCCCCAACUCAGCGGGCACACAGGACCCCCUGCUCGGGAUGCUGGAUGGGCGGGAGGACCUGGAGAGAGAGGAGAAGCCUGAGCCGGAGUCUGUGUACGAGACCGACUGCCGCUGGGACGGCUGCAGCCAGGAGUUCGACUGUCAGGAGCAGCUGGUGCACCACAUCAACAGUGAGCACAUCCACGGGGAGCGGAAGGAGUUCGUGUGCCACUGGGGGGGCUGCUCCCGGGAGCUGCGGCCCUUCAAGGCGCAGUACAUGCUGGUGGUGCACAUGCGCAGACACACGGGCGAGAAGCCGCACAAGUGCACGUUCGAGGGGUGCCGGAAAUCAUACUCGCGCCUCGAGAACCUGAAGACGCACCUGCGCUCACACACGGGCGAGAAGCCGUACACGUGUGAGCACGAGGGCUGCAGCAAGGCCUUCAGCAACGCCAGCGACCGCGCCAAGCACCAGAACCGCACCCACUCCAACGAGAAGCCGUAUGUCUGCAAGCUGCCUGGCUGUACCAAGCGCUACACAGACCCCAGCUCGCUUCGAAAACACGUCAAGACGGUGCACGGGCCGGACGCCCACGUGACCAAGCGGCACCGGGGCGAGGGCCCCCUGCCCAGGCCGCCGGCCCUCGCCCCGGUGGAGCCCAAGAGGGAGCGGGACGGAGGCCCCGCCAGGGAGGAGAGCAGACUGGCCGUGCCGGAGGGGGCCGUGAAGCCACAGCCCAGCCCCGGGGCGCAGUCGUCCUGCAGCAGUGACCACUCCCCAGCAGGCAGCGCAGCCAACACCGACAGCGGUGUGGAGAUGACCGGAAACGCAGGGGGCAGCACGGAGGACCUGUCCAGUUUGGAUGAGGGGCCUUGCGUCACUAGCACCGGUCUGUCCACGCUUCGUCGCCUGGAGAACCUCAGGCUGGACCAGUUCCAUCAACUCCGGCCCGUAGGGCCCAGGGGCCUCAAACUGCCCAGCUUGACGCACGCCGGUACCCCUGCGUCCCGCCGCCUGGGCCCCCCAGUGUCGCUCGACCGCCGCGGCAGCAGCUCCAGCAGCGUCAGCUCCGCCUACACCGUCAGCCGCCGUUCCUCCCUGGCCUCCCCCUUCCCCCCGGGCUCCCCGCCCGAAAACGUGGCGUCCUCUCUGCCAGGCCUCACACCUGCCCAGCACUACGGGCUCCGGGCAAGAUACGCUUCGGCCAGGGGAGGCAGCACCCCGCCCACGGCAGCGCCCAGCCUGGACCGAAUGGGGGUCCUUCCCGCACCUCCCUGGAGGAACCGAGCUGAGUACCCCGGGUACAGCCCCGGCGCGGGCGUCACCCGGAGGGCCAGCGACCCGGCCCGGGCUCCCGACCGGCCCGCCACAGCCCGCGUCCAGCGGUUCAAGAGCUUGGGCUGUGUCCACACACCCCCAGCGAUGGUCGCGGGAGGACGGAACUUCGACCCCCUGGCCCCUGCCUCCGUCUACUCACAGCCACCCAGCAUCACUGAGGAUGUCACCAUGGACGCCAGAGGGCUGCGGGAGGAGGCAGAGGCUGGGCGCUCCAUGGUGGGCAGCGGCGUGAACCCCUAUGUGGACUUCCCAGCUGCUGACCCCCUGGGCUACGGGGGGCCCGAAGCAGCCGAGCCUUAUGGAGCCAGGGGUCCAAGCUCCCUGCCUCUGGGGCCCAGUCCUCCUGCCCACUACGGCCCCAACCCCUGCCCCCAGCAGGUCUCCUAUCCUGACCCCACCCCGGACACUUGGGGUGCGUUCCCUCCCCACUCCGGGCUGUACCCAGGCCACAAGGCUCCCGCCGGAGCCUACAGUCAGUGUCCUCGUCUCGAACACUACGGACAGGUGCAGGUUAAGCCGGAACAGGGGUGUCCGGUGGGUUCCGACCCCACAGGGCCGGCCCCCUGCCUCAGUGCUCAUCCCAGCGAGGGGCCUCACCCACAGCCCGUGUUCUCCCACUACCCCCAGCCCCCGCCUCCCCAGUAUCCCCAGCCUCGCCCCGACUACCUUCCUUCAGAGCCCAGGCCCGGCCUGGACUUCGAGUCCCCCACUCAUUCCACGGGCCAGCUCAAGGCUCAGCUCGUAUGCAACUACGUCCAGGCUCAACAGGAACUGCUGUGGGAGGGCGGGGGCCGCGGGGAGCCUCCAGACCAGGAGCCUCUCUUUCAGACCCCCAAGUUUCUAGGAGGGUCCCAGAUUGGGCCCAGCCCUGUCAAGCCCCCAGUGGCCCCAUGUGGGCCCGGCUUUCCACCUAACCUGCCCAGUCACAGGCCAGGCCCCUACCCACCCCCUUCACCUUGCCAUGAAACCUUUGCCGCGGGGGCAAGCAGGGCACCCCACCGAGCAGCACUGCCCCGGCUCCUGCCCCCACUGCCCACUUGCUAUGGGCCCCUCAAGGCGGCGGGCACCAACCCCAGCUGUGGCCAUCCGGAGGUGGGCAGGCUGGGCGGGGGGCCUGCCUUGUACCCGCCCCCUGAAGGGCAGGUGUGUAACCCCCUGGACUCUCUCGACCUUGACAACACUCAGCUGGACUUUGUGGCUAUUCUGGACGAGCCCCAGGGGCUGAGUCCUCCCCCUCCCCAUGACCAGGGAGACGGCUCGGAACACCCCCCUGCCCCCGCUGGAGCCCCCAACAUGGCGGUGGGCAACAUGAGUGUCCUGCUGGGGUCUCUGGCCGGGGAGACACAGUUCCUCAACUCUAGUGCCUGAAGAGUGGGGCCCACCUGUCACAGAGCCACGGGUCCUGAGGGGGUUCCAUCCCCACGGACAGAGGUGGGGUGGGGGGAGGAGCCACAUCCCGGCUGGGUCCCGGGGUGGGAGGUGUGGCCUGGGGGUGCGGUCUGUACGAGU